UUUUUCUCUGUUAGACUUUUGGAAGAUGAAAAAGAAAUUGCAAACAAUGCUACUGUCUUAAAGCUGCUUCUAACAAAGACGAGCCUUGCAGUUCCAUCUUUGCCUCCCGGCCUCACAUGUAACAAAGCUGUCAUUGUAGACCUUGAAACUGCUCCAAAUGACUGGCAAGAUGAUCAUACAUGGCAAAAAACAAGAGCUCCCAUGAAGAAAAGCUAUGAAGUCAAACGCAAUGCCAAUGGAGAGAUAAUUGAUAUCAGCCGUUCAUCUCAUGAAGCAAGUGGUACUUAUACGAUGGAGCGCCACAGGUACACCCAUGCUAACUCUCCAGACUUUCAUCGGCUUGUGGUCACAGUGCAGGAAAGUGAUGGUAAUUACAUCCCUUUUGCCUUUGUGCAGUAUCGAUUUGAUGGAAAUGAACACUUUGUUAGGAACAAACCUCAUGGAAAUGCAAAAUCUAAGGAUCCCUUCAUUCCCACUAAAAAAAGCACUCUUGAGAAACUUACUGCUGCAGUUAAAUCUCAAGGUGUAAAGAGGGCAGUUCAUGAGGUUGAGGUGGCUGUUGGGAGUAUGUAUGCAGACUCAGCCUCAUCAUUGCCUCGAAAUGAGAGGCAAGCUAGGUAUCUAAAAUCAAAAGACAAAGAAACCUCCAAAAGUGACCCGGUUUCUGCCUUGUUAGACAUGCAGUUGGAAGAAGAGAAACCAUUUAUUCGAUCAGUCACAGUCGACAGAAAUUCUCCCAUCAUUGUACUGUUCUCAGAUGAACAAAUCAAGGACUUAAAAAAGUUCUGUUGUAAUGAGGACGGACCAAAUUCACCAUUGUGCAUUGACAUGACUUUCAACCUUGGAAACUUUUAUGUCGUCGUGACUACAUACAAGCAUUUACAACUGCUUACCAAACGAAGUAACAAUGAACCUGUUAUUUUAGGGCCUGUAAUGAUGUGCAUGAAAAAAGACAGGCCAACGUACCAAUUUCUUUUCCAACAAAUAAAUUCUCAUUGUCCUGAAAUUAAAGAUCAGUUUAAGGCAUAUGGUACAGAUGUAGAGCUCCCUCUUAGAAAGGCUCUUGAACUAGAAUUUCCGUUUGCUUUGGGCUUUGUCUGCAGGACGCACAUAGUAAGAAAUCUUGAGCACAAGUUGAAGACUGAACUGAAUUUGUCAGACAAGUUCUUUAGAAAAGUAGUUGCAGAUGUUUUUGGAGACAAAACUCAGGAGGGACUUGUACAAUGUACUACACGCGCAGAGUAUGACUUUCUCCUUUCAAAGUUAUGUGUUAAAUGGGACAGAGAUGAAAGUGAGGAACGUGCCAAAAAAGGGGACACACAAGAACCGAAAGCUGCCAAAUAUUUCAUGAAAAAUAAGGCCGACAUUGUGUAUCAUCACUGUAGAUCUGCAGCACUCCGUGAGGUAGGCAUUGAUGUUGAAUUAUUUGAUAACAAUGACCCAGAGAGUAUCAAUGCAUUAAUCAAGAAAUGGGAGAAUGAAGAAAAGAGUGAUAUUCCAAAGUUUGUACGUGAUAUAAAGGAAUUGCAUGACAAGCAAAGGCAUGACAUUUCAAGAGCAUUUUGUGGUACACCUGGUUUGUAUGCUGUCAAAGAGGAUUAUGCUGAGUUU